GUCCGUGGCGAAUAGUGAAACUCGGCAGACAUGCAAUAUCUCCCUCCCCAUUUUCCAUCCCCUUCUUGACUUUAUAAAAAGCAGGCUCUGGUUGGUUUCUUGUUCUACCACAAUUAACCAAAGUUUCUUUCUUGUACAUCCAACAUGGCCGAGGCUUCAUGUGUAUCCACCACACCACCCUCUGUAAACAAGGCUUGGGUGUACUCAGAAUAUGGAAAGGCUGCAGAUGUUUUGAAACUUGAUCCCAAUGUUCCUGUUCCUGAAAUAAAGGAAGACCAGGUGCUCAUCAAGAUGGUUGCUGCAGCUCUUAACCCAGUUGAUUACAAGAGGAUGUUUGGGUAUUUUAAGGCCACUGACUCUCCUCUACCUACUGUUCCAGGGUAUGAUGUUGCUGGUGUGGUGGUGAAGGUGGGAAGCCAAGUAACAAAGUUUAAGGUGGGGGAUGAAGUAUAUGGGGAUCUCAAUGAGAAAGCUUUGGAGAACCCAACAAGGUUUGGGUCUUUGGCAGAGUACACUGCUGCAGAAGAAAGAGUUUUGGCUCUCAAACCCCAAAAUCUGAGUUUUGUUGAAGCUGCUAGCCUUCCCCUGGCUCUGGAGACCGCCUAUGAAGGGCUUGAACGGACUGAGUUUUCUGCUGGUAAAUCUAUUCUUGUUUUAGGAGGCGCUGGGGGAGUGGGAACACAUGUUAUUCAGCUAGCGAAACAUGUUUUUGGUGCUUCAAAAGUAGCAGCUACUGCAAGCACUAAAAAACUGGAUUUGCUGAGAAGCUUGGGUGCUGAUUUGGCUAUUGAUUACACCAAGGAUAACUUUGAAGACCUGCCUGAGAAAUUUGAUGUGGUAUAUGAUGCAGUUGGGCAGUCUGACAGGGCAGUGAAGGCAGUGAAAGAAAACGGGAAGGUGUAA